AUGGCUGCACCGACACCAACAACACCGACCGAGCCGGUUGCUUCCGGGGGACUCGGCGAUGGCGCCAGCCACAGCCGGCGCGGCUCGGAAGCCACCUCCAACGACCACAUCACCAAGCAGCCAACCAAGUCGUCGCAAAAGAGCAUAACCCAAACGGUAAAGAAUGCGAGAACAUACUCAAUCAAGAGCUUCAAGGACAAUUGGAAAUGGUGGCUGCUCGGCCUGCUCAUCUUCCUCGCCGUCUUGUUACCGAUUUUCUUCAAAGUCAUCCUACCUGCCAUCGUGCAGCUCAUCGUCAACCAGCAGCCCCUGCCGGUCCUCGGCGGCGACUUUUUGUUCCAGACGCCCACCUCGAUGCUCAUCAACCUCAACUCAUCCUUCAGGUCACCGCUGCCCGCCUCGCUGCAGCCGUUCAAGCUGCAGCUGUACAACCGGGACGCGCCCACCUUCACGCCCUGGCUGUCCAUGAAGAUGCCGCAGGUCAACAUCAACGGCAACACGCAGAUCCACGUGCUCGACCAGAUGCAGACCGUCACCGACGGCGACGAGUUCGUCAAGUGGUUCGGCCGCUUCGUCGACCAGGAGGAGGUCAACCUGGACGUGCGCGCCGACGACACGACCGUCAAGCUCGGCGCGCUCGCCUCGCGGCCCGUCCUCGACAAGACCAUCACCUUCAAGGGCCUGAACCUGCACCAGGGCAUCCGGCUGACGCACGCGCAGCUGGUGCUGCCGCCCGAGGCCGAUGGCACCAACCUCCGGGGCAUGCUGAUGAUCCCCAACAAGUCGCCCAUCGCCUUUGGGAUUGGCGACUACACGCUGGACGUGUUCGCGGCGGCCGGCGCGGUCAACAUUGGCCACAUCACGAUCCGCGACACGGUGCUGCGGCCGGGGAACAACGCGCAGGCGCUGACGGGCGUCAUCGACAUCAAGGCGAUCCUGGCGAACCUGGGCGCGAUCCUCGCGAGCCAGGCGGCGCCGCUGGCGGACGGCAUGAUCGAGGUGACGGUGACGGGGCGGGAGUGCCGCAUCAACGGCGAGCGCGGAGAGUACGUGGAGCGCGUGCUGAACCACCGCAGCCUGGUCAUCCACGCGUCGAUAGCGACGGUGGCGGCGGACGUGGUCGGCGGGCUGAUCGCGCCGCAGGUCAACUUGGGCCAGGGCACCAACGACGGCUCGUCACUGAUCGACGCGCUGUCGUCGGUGUUUAGCAACGAGACGCUGAUGGGCAGCAUGGCCGGCCGCUUUAACAAGACGAGGAAGCGCAGCGAAGCCACGCAGGAGCGGAUGCUGAGGCUCGGGGGGUAUAUCUGA